GAAGUUGCCUAUCGAUUGCGAUAUUUUGAUCGAGUCGUUUUGGUUAUUGUUUUUUUUUUACCCCUUACAGCAAAUAUAUUAAACCACGGUCUAUACGAGAUGUCUUCCGGAAGUGAGAGCGAUGAAGAAUAUGUACCUGGUGAACCAGAACAAGUGUCUGAAGAAGAUUCUGCUGAUGAAGAAACUGAUCAACAAUUUAAAAAAGAAUUAGAGUAUAAAGCUACAAAACGAAAAGCUGACGUUGCUGUUAAAGGCAGAAAGAAAAAGAGAACUAGGAAGAGUCUUAAGGAUACAGAUCCAGAACCUGAAACAGUACCAGUAAAUAAGCCUGAAGAAUCAGUAGACCCUGAAAAGGAGAAGAAGAGGGAAGACGAUUUGUGGGCGAUGUUUUUAGAUGGCACAGAUACUAAGACUAAACCAUCUCUAAAAGCUGAAAAUAAACCAAGUGAUCAAAUUAAAAUCACUCCAGAUGUUGAUAAAGAAAAAAGUGAUAAUAACAAAAAAGAUAUUGAUGAAAGCAAGGAUAGGGAAAGGAGAAUAUUUGAAUUUGCUGGCGAAACACUUGUUGUAGAAAAUGAUGUUAUUAAAGAAAAAGUUAAAAGCACCGAAAAAUCUGCAAUAGUUAGUAAGGAAGGCCCUUCUCGAAGUCGCGGUACUGGAGGCGUAGCAGGAAUACUAGGGCAGUUGAAUAAGAAAAGCAAAUUAUCUACGUUAGAAAAGUCUAAACUUGAUUGGGUUACUUACAAGAAAGAAGAGGGUAUUGAAGAGGAAAUUCAGAGUCAUAACAAGGGAAAAGCAGGGUAUUUGGACCGUAAAGAUUUCUUGGAGCGAGCUGAUCUUCGUCAAUAUGAAAUCGAACGAGAUCUAAGAAUGAGUCGACGUAGUAACCGAUAGAAUUAAGGAAACCUGUAAUAUUGCCAUACUAUUGUCUAACAUUUCAGAAAUAAAUACUGAAUGUGU